GGGUUCCAGGGCCAGGAGUUUAAGAUCAUGCUGCAGCCAUUCCCUGUGAAGAUGCCAGGGCAGGUUCAGUCCAGGCCUCUCACAGCCUUGGCACUUCUUUGGUGAAGCUCUUGUCACAUAGCAUCUUCCUGCACUAAAUCUGAUCUCCCUUUUUAUAGGGACACUGGGCAUAUGGGUGAGGGGCCACCACCCUAUGUUACCUCAUUCUCAUGAAUUAUAGUUGAAAUGGUACUGUUUCCAAAUAGGGCCCCAUUCUGAGGUACUGGGGAUUAGAACCCGAACAGGUGAAUUUGGGGGGAACACAAUUCAACCUGUAGCACAUAUAUAUCAUGGCUGCCAGUUAGAAAAUAUAAUUUGUUUUUUUGGUCACACCCACAGCAUGCAGAAUUUCCUCGGCCAGGGAUUGAACUCAUGCCACAGCAGUGACAAUGCCAGAUCCUUAACCCAUUGAUCCACCAGGGAACUCCCCUCCCUGCUUUCUUAUAGUGAGACAAACCCACCCCCCAGCUCCUGCCCACUUGACUUCCUCCUCUGAGUUUCACAGGCAGAAUCCUACAAGGAAGCAAGACAACCAUGGUGGGUUGUGACCAGUCCUGCUUUGUGCCUGGGGCUAGGAAAGGGUGGGCCUGCCAUCCCAGAAGAACAGGACACUUGGAAAGGAGUACACUCAGGGGCUUGUACUGGCAAGAAGGAACAGGAGGGGUAGGCAGUCAACUGUAUCCGCAUACUCUUCAGACUUUCCUAUUUCUUUUUCUUGCUUUACUGCAGGUCCUCCAACCUGCCUCCCAGAGCUCCCAAGAUGCUGCAUCCCGUUGCACCACAGCAGGAACUUCAAAUGAGUUAUUCUUUUCUCUUAAAAUCUUGGAAGCGAAGGCUGCUAAGAUUUCCUCUUUACUAUGUUUACUGUACAUUUUAACUACAUAGCCUUCAUCAGCUUUGCAUCCCUUUCUACCUGGCUUUAGAUUAUCCACAGGCUGGAAGUUCCCUCAUAGCACCGCGGGUUAAUGAUCCAGGGUUGCCACAGCUAUGGUUCUGGUCACAGCUGCAUCUCAACUCAGGUUUGAUCCCCAGCAGGGAAUUUCCACAUGCCGAGGGGCCGAGAGUGUGGCCAAAAAAAGGAAAAAAGUAUCCACAGACUGGACCUGAACCAGGAGUUCUGUGUCUACUGAAAUGCACAGCUAAAACUGAUUUCUCCUUCUUUUGUCUAUGUUGUGAAUGAUAUCGAUUUUCUGAUACUGAACAAUCUCUGGAAUAGUCUUCUUAGUUUCCAUGUACCUUUUUAAAUGUAUCCCUUUGGAUUUGGUUAGCUAAUAAUUUAUUUAGGGUUUUUGCAUCCAGCGUCAUAAUUAAAACUGGCCAAAUAAAGGCAAUAAAAGGAUGACUUUAUCUCGUUUUACCAAUGAAAUAACUUUUCUUGCCCAUGGAACUUAGAGUCUUAGUUAUUUUAGCAUAUAUGCUAAAAAAUAUUCUCCCUUUUCGCAUUAGACGACAUAUCUCUGUGCAUGCCACAUAAUAUUAAAGUACAUCAAUUUAAUAAUUACAAUGGUUUCCUCUUUGUGAUGACUGUAACUACCCACUUCAAAUAACCAUUUAAUGCGUUGUGGUUUUAUUUUUCUUCCUGGAACAGGUGCCCAGGAGUGGGAUCAUUGGGUCCAAAGAUAUGAGCAUGUUUUCGGCUUCUGGUAUCUUCUCCCCAGGAGGCUGCUGUUUGCUGCGCCACCGGCGGUCGGCGAUUCGGAACCGGCAGCGUGGGGGGCAUUGUGACGCGGACGCCUGGGAGGCGGGAUGGGCAGAGCCGAGCCAUGGCCGAGGCGCAGGAGCUGCUGCUGCAGCUGCAGAAGGACAACCGCGACGGGCGCCUGCGGAAGCAGGAGCUCGAGGAGCUGGUGCGCGGGCUCGAGGCCGAGAGCGAGAGCCUCACGGCGCGCCUGGAGGACCUGAGCGAGCGCGAGCGCAGCCUGCAGCGGCGGCGGAGCCAGGCGGUGCGUGCCCUGAGGGGAGAGGCGCGCGAGUCGGCGCGGGAGCGCGCGGAGCGGGCGCGCGAACUGCUGGAGGCCGCGGAGCAGCGCAAGCGGGACCUGGAGCAACAAAACCGGCAGCUGCAGGAGAAGUGGGAGGAGCUGUCAAGUCAGCUCUUCUACUACGGCGGCGAACAACUGAGUCAGCAACGCGCAGAGCAGCAACUCGGGGCCCAAUUGGUGGCGUUGCAGAAACAGCUGGAGCUGGUGGAGGCCAAGCACGCCAUGCAGACGGAGGCCCUGCGGCAGAGCGCACAGCGGAUGGAGGAGGCCUGGGCCAGCUUUCAGGAGCAGAGUGGAGUCUUGCAGGAGCUGCAAGGGAAGGUGAUGGAGGCGGCGGCUGCGUUGGACGCCUCGAGGGUCGGACUGGAGCCGUGCGACUCACAGCUUCGCCGGGGGCAGGACUGCGCGGGCUCACUCAUGGAGGAGGUGGCCAAAGCAGACUGUGAGAAGCGGCUAUUCCGCGGUGCUGGGGCGGGAGGCAUCAGGCUGUGGGCGCUAGGCGCGCUGCAGACGCUGCUGCUGCUCCCGCUGGGCCUCCUGGCGCUGCCGCUGCUCUACCUGGCUCUGGUGAACCCCUUCGCCCUCCGGCGCGGGCUCGCGCGCCCGAGCUUGAACGCCGCCCUCCGCCGCCUGCGCUACACACUGGCCCCGCUGCUGGAGCUGCGCGCGCGCGGACUGCUGCCCGCCUAGCGCAUCACGCCGGCCGAGGCCGCCUGCACCCCUGUCUCCCGCGUGGUUUCUGGGCGCCGGGGGUAGAGUCGGGGGCGGGGACAGGGAGACGCGGGGGUGAUUAGAAACGCCGGAAAGGAGGGAAGAGGGGAAGGGGAGGGAUGGCAGUGAGAGGGACCCGGAGACGCGCGGGCGAGAGUGUCGCGUCUCUUCGGGAUCAUCGGUGGACGGACCUUGGUCUCGAGAGGCUGCCGCGCUCUCGGUUCCCGCAGACCCGCUGCUCCUCGGGAGCGGAGGGAAUCCGGAAUCCUUACUAAACCUGCUCUCCCUGCUUUUUGACGGGGCCCUGCGGGGCUCUGUGUCCACGUCCGCGUGGUGGACACUCAGUCUCCGAGGCGCCCCUCCUCCGGUUGGGUCGUCCUCGUGGUCCGCGGCGCUCUCCCUGCGGUAACUAAGCAGUGUGGGGUGCGCGUUCACCGCUGCGGUCUUGGUAAUUUAUGUGAAAAGUUCUGCUUGAUGGAGAUGGACCUCGAGUUUCACUUCGUCUGAUGCAAAUACUGCUCUAUUUUUAUUAUUAACUUUCUUUGGUAGUGAAAUUGUUGUACCUCCUGUGCACACAUACGUGGGUUUUUGCUCUGGCCUUUUUUUUUUUUUUUUU